AUGGGUUCAAACAAUAUAAUCACUGGUCUUAUUAGUUUGGUUUUACUAUCUGCUUGUUGUCUAAGUAGUGUAGAAGCUCAACUUCAAGUUGGGUUCUACCAAAGCACUUGUUCUUCAGCUGAGUUUAUUAUUAGUAAUGAAGUCUUCAGCGCUUUUCAGGCAAAUAAUGGUAUUGCUGCAGGUUUAGUGAGACUCCAUUUUCAUGAUUGUUUUGUUAGGGGGUGUGAUGGCUCAGUUCUCAUAGACUCGACGACAGGUACGGCCGAGAAAGACUCCCCUGCAAACUUCCCUAGUUUACGAGGUUUUGAAGUCGUGGACACUAUAAAAACCGCACUCGAAACAGCAUGCCCGGGUGUGGUUUCUUGUGCUGAUAUACUUGCAUUUGCAGCAAGAGAGUCUUCUAAUAGAGGAAUAGGAUACGAUGUCACAGCAGGGAGAAAAGAUGGCACUGUUUCAUUAGCCUCAGAAACAAUAGAUUUGCCCCCUGCAACAUUUAAUGUGGCUCAACUUACUCAAAAUUUUGCCAACAAGGGACUGACACAGGAAGAAAUAGUGACACUGUCAGGCACUCAUACAAUUGGCCGAUGUCAUUUUUGGUUCUUACUUUUAGAGGUAUAA